CAGCACAACAACUUCCUGUCAGUCGCACGUCAGCUGCAAUAUGUUUCGUUUUCGGUGAUAAAAUAUAAUUAUUUAUUAAAAAAUAAAAAUUUAUGAGUUGAAAGCUUAAGGUAAUGUUAUUAUAAAAUGUCUGAAGAAGAGGUUGUGGAUAUAGAACUAGAGCUGGACGAUCUCUUAACAAAAGUCCAGCCCAAUUUGCAAGAUGUAAUCAAAAGGAGUUUUACGAAUGUGGCGCUGCAGCAGACGAAGAAUGGUGAACAAAUCAAGCCUGACACACUGGGUGAUACUUCAUAUUUUGCCAAAAAUACACAAGUCAACCUCUCCCGCUUAGAACUGGUGAAACCUCCUACAUUCCACAUGCAGUCUGUAUCUCUCGAUCUAAAGUCUAUGAGCCUCACACUUCGCUGUUCACUAGGGGAGGUCAAUGUGAAGGGGCUUUACAGUGCAUUUAAUGAGAACCUCUACAACCUUAUACCGGUGAUGGCCGAAGGACAUGUUCUGUCUGUGCAUUGUUCUGUAAAAGAUGUGAGAGUGGGGUUAGUGUUGGAAGAUGAUGCCUUCUCAUUCAUCAACCCUGACAUUGAUUUUACACAUGAUGAAGUGCUUGUUAAGUUAUCCUGGCCAUCGCCCCAGAGGACUGGCGGAUACGAAUUUGCGACAACAGAGCAGCUAGCAAAACAUAUUGAUGACCUGCCUCUCACGGCGGCGGUCUCCCUGCCUCUAUACGCGCUGCUCCGGGAGAAGCUUCAGCGACAUCUAGCGCUGGUGCUGCGUCAGGCCACCAGCGUCUCCGAGGUCAUGUGCUGCAACCCCUCGCUCAUGGAAGCUUAUAGCGGCAUGAUCGCGUGCCUGUCGCAGAACGGCAACAAGGUGAUCGACAUGAUACUGAUCAACAUGCGCCGAACGUUACUGCAGAGCUGUCGAGAGGUGCUGCAGCUACCGCCCAUACAUGCCACCUUCAUGCAUAAGAUAGGAUCUCUGUCGUUUAUCGGCAAGUUCGAGACGGACACCGGCUGGGUGAAGAACUUGGCCACUAUCAACCGCAUCAGUGACGUCAGCGUGACCCGACCCGACCCCAUGAAGACCUCCUUCCAUGUCACCUUGAGGAUUAAGGAUUUGCAAAUCGGUUACGACGAGUACCGUAUCCGCGCGAUGGGCGUGUCGUGCGGGGGCCGCGCGACGGCCGCGCUGCAGCGCCACUCGCUGCACCUCGCGCUCACGCUCGGCCUCGCGCGCUGGGAGCCCUACGCGCAGCUCGACCAUCUCACCAUACAGAACUUGGACUGUGCGGACCUACACGUAACAGGACUCGGGCCACUAAACGGUGCGUCAAACUUAGUAUGUGCGUGGCUACGCGGCGCCGCCACCGCGCUCGCUGCUCCCGCCGUCUCCGCUCAAGUGCAACACGAGUUACAUACUGCGUUACAGGAACUGCCGUUGUGGGACUUACUGCACGCUAAACAAUGACGCGCGUACAAUGCGUACACGCUACUACGCGUACAAACUACAACGCGGAUACAUUACUACGCGUAUACAUUACUACGCGUACACACUGCAACGCGUAUACACUACUACGCGUACACGCUACUACGCGUACGGUAGACCGCACAUCAGUGGUAACUGUCAUGCACCUUAACUCAAUAGUAAUAAGUACGAUUUUCCUUUAAAACUGUUACCACUGACCUGAAGUUGACUGUACACACUACAACGUGUUUACACGGCCACGUUUACCUGUGUUAAGGUGCGUACGGAUAGCGCGUUCCUGUGUUACGCGUAGUUGGGAAACACAGUCCACGCGUACAUUGGAUACGCGUACAGCUCCUGUACGGACCGCCGCGAACCUGUACGCGAGGUCAAUCGAUCCAGAGCGCUCCGCGAGCCCGUCAUUCGCCAUGACUCCGACAAACUUUUCUAUUAGUUGCUAAUAAAGUUGUCAACUUUUUUUUAAUUCACCUAUUGGAAUGUUCAGUUCAUUUGAAAUUGCCUUCCAUGCAUCUUGGCGUAAAUCGUUAUUUCGAUAAUCAGUUAGUG